AUGGACAUGGUAAAGGGGGAAGGGACCUUCGAAAUGCUGCAGAUGAAAGAAAAUAAAAAUUACCUGGACAAUAACAUCCUUAAUUCCCCAUGUCUGCUGAACCUGAACGGAGGAAACAAUAUUCUGUACGACAAAGUGCACAGCUUGACUGGAAUGAACAACUCCGAAGGUAGAAGUAGACAUAGGCCUGCCCCUUUUAAUGACGAAGAAACGUCUAUAGCUCAGGAGUUCACUCUGAAUGAGCAGAAAACGUCCAUACAGGGGGAGGAUGAAUUAGAGGCACAGGAGGGCAUAGCAGCCGAGGGAAUCACAGCGGAAAAGGAUGUAGAAGCAGACGCGCAUGUAAAAUCCGAGGCCGACGUAGAUACGGAAAUCAAAAAGUGUCCCAAACGGUUUAACCAACAAACUUCGACGUAUGAGGAAGGGGGAGGAAGCAAAGAUGACACCAUCCCAUGUAGCUGCAACACCACUGUAAGUCUGAACUCGGUAAAUGACAAGAAAGACGAACUGAAAGAGUUCGAUAGAGACGAAUUAUCUCUGUACAACAUUGUGACGCAUUGUCAUCACGAGGCGGUGUAUGAACAAAAUUACAAUAAAGAGGAUUUGAAAAAUCAACCCGAGAAGGGGAGUCACCUUUCUCAAAAUGGGAAUUUCGCGAAUGAAUACUACUGCCGAUCUUCCUUUGGCGAUGGAAGAGGGAUGCCCGUGAACAGUUUUGCCCCCGUGAGCAGUGGUGAUAAGUCUUAUCUGGUCUGUCCCGUUCGAGGGUAUAACCCUCUCAGUAGCAGGGAUAUUACCCUAGUGAUGGGCAGCGACAGUGGAGAAGCGUACAACGGAGAAGCCUCCAAUGGAGAAGUCGACAGGGGAAACGCUGAAAGCCGAAAUCCCGAAAGCGGUGACAACGCCAAGCGAGAGAGUGGCGAUGGUGGAAGCGGUCAUGGCGAGGAGAGAGGAGACGCUGACCAGAGUGGAGGUGGCGACGAUGGUGGUGGUGGAGAACAGGGCGAUGGCGAAGAAAAGGGCGGUGGUGGAGAACAGGGCGGUGAUGGAGACCAAAACGGGAAAGAGGACCAAAGCGGAAUGGGAAGCGGAAGCGGAAACCCAAAUCAGGGGGAGAAUUACAAAAUGUACUCGGACAAGAUAAACGAACUCACAUCAAAUCGAUUCAUAAGCAAAUACAAAAACUCGGAGGAGUACAUAAAGAAAAAAAUAUUCAAUUACCUGCGAAACAACAACCUCCUCAGGCACCUGAAUAUAGAGCAGAUAUUCCUGUACGUGAAGAAUAUAUACUUCCUGAUCAUAAGGAAUGAGAAACUUAUCUUCUUAUUCAUUUACAACACGAAGGAUGUGAUGAAUGCAAUCAUGCAUUUGGAGAAGAUACAUAACAUUAGCUACAAAGACACAGACUUUCUCUUCUUCCUUCUUUCCAAUGAUGUGGACAUGUACGAGAAGCUGCUAAAUCAGAUAGAGUUAAAGUUCGCGAAAGAACAACUUAUUUUUAAAUUAAGAACUUUAAGAGGCACGGUAAAAGAUUUCAAAUUUGACGAAGAGAGGAAUUUAUUUGAUGAGUGCAUGGAGCAGUUGCACCUGAUGAAGAAAGGCAGCACAUACCGACGAGGGAGUUACAGAACUUCUAGUUACUGUGGAUCCAAUGGAAGUGGUCAUGAAAAUAGCUGUAGCUGCUACGAGAAUAGUAGCUCCCAUACGUAUAGCUUUGGUCCAGCUGAUAGUAGUGCCCAAGAAAAUACAAGCGACUAUGGGAAUUGCAGUGCAUACACGAAUGAUAAUGACAAUGACGACACCUGUGAGAGCAAUGCACUGCUAAGAAUAUCGAUCAGAAAUUUAAUCCCCAAAUUAUAUAACUGCAAAGACUUUAAAGGAACCAGCAACUUGAUUCACAACAUUGGAAAAAGUAUCACAAAGGGGAGUACCGCUCCAGAUGUUUUAGAGAAGAAAAAAAAGAAAAAAAAAAAAAAUCCCACAUAUUCGGACAUUUGGUAUACCAAAAUGGAGUACUCCAAAGUGGCAUACUUAAAAGUACCCUAUUUGAAGAUGCCACCCAUGAUGAACGUGCCCCAUGCCAGUGGGACUUACUCCAACCUGACUCACACCAGGGGAGGAAUCUUCCCAAAUGUGCCCCCCCCGAUUGCUGCCUAUCGGAACAUCCCCCAGGGCAAUGGUGCCUACAUGAACGUAUCUCCACCCAGUGUUCUCUACCCGAACAUUCCCCCAGUGGGAGGGGGACGAGCCCCUUUUGCAAAUAUGCCCCCCGCGAAUUUUCCCUAUAAUAAUAUUCCACUCAGUAACGGGCCCCCCUUGAAUACCACCCCCCCUGGGAGUGCCCCUUAUACGAGCAUGUCGCCCGCUACGGGUGCUUACUCCAAUGUGCCUCAUCCGAAGGGGGGCUACUCAAACGUGACUCAUCCCAGUGCCGUGUACACAAAUGUACCCAAUCAGAACAGCGCCUACGCAAAUGUGCCAGGCGCCAGUGGCGCUUAUACAAAUGAGACCAAUCCCAGCGGCAAAUACAUGAAUGUUAACGACCAACCCAAUGAGACCUACGCCAAAGGGCCGCCGUCUCCCAAGGGGGCUAGCGCCUUCCACGCGAACAAGUUUGAAGGCGCCCAGGGCGAAAACUACGCAGGCAGUUACGCGCCCAGCUGUGCGCCCAGCUGUGCGCCCAGUUAUGCGACUAACAAUGUGGCUAACUAUGCGGCCAGUUACUCCCCUAACCAAGGAACCAAUUGUGCGCCUAAUUUGGGCCCCAAUUAUAAAGGGAUAUACCCCCUGGGAGGAAGCAGCGACUACGGGAAGGGGAGUUCGAAUGGCCAUCCAAAUGGCCACCCAAGUGACCACUCCAAUGACCACUCUCAGGAGUAUGGAAGCGAAUGCGCAAACGAUUACGUCAACGACUCUAUGCAGGAUUACAUGAAUGAGUAUCUAAACGACUACGGCAUGGAGGAGCCCACGAAUGAGAACCACCCAGACGACACCAAAGAAGCAAAGAAGAAAACAAUCAGAGGAAUAACCUCGUUUACCCUCUUCGCUAGAGAAAAAAGGAAGGAACUACUUAACCAAAAAGUGUUCCUAGGGAGUUCCCUCACCGAGCAGACAACAGCAGUAGCCAAAAUUUGGAACGGCCUAACCGAUGAGGAAAAAAAGGAAUGGGCUGCCAAAGCGUCCAAAAUAAAUGAGGAAAAUUAUUUGUCCCAGAAAAAGAAGAAAAAAAGAAAGUUUACUGCCUUUAGCAUUUUUGCUCGAGAGAAAAGAAAGGAACAUAAGGAGAAAAAUAUUGACAUGGGCUUAACCCUAGCCCAGCAAAAUUCUUAUGUGUCCAAAUUGUGGAAGCAACUAUCGACGGAGGAAAAAAAUAAGUACAAAGAUCUCUCAAAUAACGUCAAUGCGGAAGUGGCAAACACCAGUAAGAGUAACAUGAAUUACGUCAAGGGGGAAAAUCUCAGUGGGUUUAAGGGGCGAAUAAAGGCUCUGGACAACAUGAUAAUGAAUCAACAGUUUUCAGGAAAUGCUUUUCCGAACAAUAGUCGAGUCAGCGACAUGGGUUAUGUUACUGGCAUGGGCUACAUAAAUGGCGUCUUUACGGGAAGCGCACCCAUCGGGGUUGUUCCCCCGAAUGGACUCAGCAGCACGGCAAAUCAAGCCAAAGCCCCAAAGGGGAUCACCCUCCCUAGUGAUUCGAUCAUACCCAAUGAAUCGAUCGUACCGAAUGAAUCGAUCGUACCGAAUGAAUCUCGCGACAUAAACAAUCUGGGUUAUAUGGACUACGUUAAUUACAUGAAUACUGUAUUAAGCCACGACAACCCCAGUUAUAUGAGCAAGAUAAUGAGUGGAGGAAACGAGAACUACAUGAGCAUAAUGAAUAGACUGACAAACGAAAUGGCCAGUGGAAUGACACAAGAUUUGACGGGCACCUUGCCUAGCGGAUCACAAACAAAUGACAGUAAGAAGGAAGGAAAAAACACAAAAUUGAAAAAGAGGAAGAACAAGAAAGAUCAUAUGUACAUCACAGAACAGGAUCAAUUAAUCAGCAAAGAUGAUUCCUAUAAAAUGGGAAAAGACGGACCUCCCGCUUAUGAAACAAAUAACAAUAAGGUUGGGGUCUUCCCCUCGGAGGCCGAUACAGGAGUAAACCUCUACGGCGGGAGCAUGCCCGGUGUGACCAACAUGGCCCAUGUGACAAAUAACGGCAGUUACUCGCAAAACAAUGUUCACAAGAACAACCUACACAAAGACAGCGGCCCCGUGAAACUCACAGCACCAAACGAUGGUAACGCCCCCGUGGAUAUGGUGUAUCCGAACAACUUGCUUAAUUACUACGCCAGGAAGGAGAACUCCAACGUGGACGACGAUUCUGUGAACAAUGUGGGCAGUUUGACCAGCCUGACGAACCUCCCCACAGAUGGCACACUUCGUCCGAAUGGCAAGGCACAUCCACCCAGAAACAUAAACGGGAGUACUAAUCCCUCCACCGCGGCGAUGACAACCCCUUCUAUCGGUGUCGACAAAAAGCAAUCCAUGAUAAAGGAACAACCAGACAGCAACCUCGAUGUGAUGGCCAAUGCAAGUAUGUUCAGCAAUCCGAGUAAAAGCGCGGCAAAUAUUAUUAGUAAUGUACCAUAUGGCGGCGUGGCCAUGGGAGGAACCCUCCUCCCGUGCAACAGCAAUCCGCAUAACAAUCCGCAUAACAGGGUCCCUUUCAACAACGUUCCGUUCUGCGCAGUCCCCAUGUAUAAUAUCCCCCCAAACGGGGCUCCCCAAGGUGGCACUGGUAGUAGUGGCUUACCAGGCGGAAACUUGAACCCUGCUGAAGCACAUUUUAAUAACGCGUUACUUAACCGUACGGAUGGAAUGGACAUGAGGACAGGACCAAAUGCAAUGAAGAAAGAACCGUUUAGCAAUCCCUAUGUCAGCAACGUUGCAAGUGUACUGCCUAUGCCCAAUUCGGAUGAGAUCCACCUAACCCUAAGUGACAACCUAAAAGGGGCACGAAAAACAAAAAGUAAAGACAAAAUGGAAGAAAUAAUGAGGAAAAAAAUGAAGAAAGAUGAGAAGCAAAAAUUAAAAGAAGAAAAAUUAAUGCAGAAAAUAUACGACAAGAAAAGGAAGCAGUUACUCAAAGCAGAGAAACAAAUGGAAAAAAAUAAAAAAAAUAAAAAUCGGGUGAAUAAGAUUGAGGAUGGUAGUGGCGCCAUCUAUUAUCACCCCCAUCACCCAACAACCCCCAAUUUAAUAAGUAAAAACAUUAAUGGAAUGCCUUUUGAUGCUCCCAACGCGCUCAUCAACAAACCCAUGGUCGGUAACUUUAACCCUUACGUUGGCAUGGACAAGGUGGACGCAAAAGGUAUGCAGAUUAAAACUGCCGCCACGGAGAACAGCGGAAUGGUGGCCAUGAUAAGGGGGGGAAGCCUCCCCGACGGAGGUGUGGACAACCGAGGCAUCCCCCUCCAUUUUCAACCCCUUAACAACAUGAACAGCGCACUGACUAGCAUGAGGAACAACCAACCCACGCCCUACCCCUUCGUGAAUAAUUACCCGAGUGAUAUUCCCGACAUGAGGAGUUACAUGUCAAAGAGCGAAAUAAAGAGUUAUGAUGACUCAUCCAGGGGUCUACAGGACAAACAAGUAGCAGCAAUGCCGACAACACCCCCCAAUGAGAUGAAUACCUACCCGAGUAUUAACCUGAAUGAGAAAUCGAAGAAGAAAAACGUAAAUCAAAUAGAUGACAACUUAACCGAUGCGAAAAACAUUCCCCCUAUGAAUGAGAAAAUGUGCUUCAACGGUGAGUUCAGCAAUGUACAAUAUAGGGAAAAUGACUACAAAGACAUGAAAAUUAUCGAUUUUGCCGCGUAUCAAAAGACGGACAGUAACAAAGAGGGCGAAGUGGACCAACUGCCUGCAUACCAAAUGGCCAGCUUUGAAGUCAAAAUGGGAAAAGAAAAGGAACAAGAGGGACAUCAGAAAGAUCUAAAUCAGAUGAACCAGAGGUCGAGUGCGCUUUACGGCUCAGAGCAGAUGUAUGGCACUAGCCUCCCUAGCAGCGGUGAAAAUGGCAAGCAUCACGAUGGUGUCGUCAAUGUGGGCGGUUUGCUAAAAGUGGGCAGCCUCCCCGUUGGAGCGACCAUCCCCACUGGAGCAGUCCUCUUGGGGGAUGAAUUCUACGCUAUAAACAGCUCCAACAGGCAUAAUCAAAACCUGAACCUGAAGACGCAGCACUCCUACGGGUACAACAACGAUCACGGAGCGCAUAAAGUUGCUGGCAAGCAUGGCGCGGGUGUGGUGGCCUCAUUGAAGGAGGAAUACUACGAACAGGUGACGACGAUAUCGGGAGAGGAGCCCGAGGGCCAAAAGGGAACGUACAAGACGUAUAGCAGUGUGGAACACGGUAUGGGAAAGUCGGAGGAUGAUCUGAAGAAGGUGGCAGAUUACAUGAACAAAACAGGAGACCUCCCAAACAACCCGGGUGACUUCCUAAACAAACAGGCCAAGGAGGAAAAAUCGUUCUGUGGGCCCAACGGAAUGAACCUGAUGAUGGCCAAAGCGUCAACUGGCCUUGACAAAGCGGACGCCUCCUUCGAGAAGCAGUUUCUCGUGAAUGAAAACAAGCCAGUGGAACAUAAGACGAAAACUUACUACAGCCAGAGUGAGAAUAGUAAGAGUAAAUCCAACUCAACCCUCUAUGGGGAAGAAUCGCUAAGCGCCAGCUACAACCACUUUAACAGCAGCACCACGGUGACCGCCCAGCAACAGGCGGCUGCUUUCAACAAAACUCUCAACGAAGACUUAAACUUGGAUCUUAACUACGGUAAUGUCAGUUAUGUAUACGGUGAUGGAUCCAAUGAUGAGAGCCAGAACAACAGCACAGGGUACUUCUACCCACAAGGUAGCGGCAUCAGUGGAGGCAAAGAAGAAAGCGAAAAAAGGAAUAACCCUGGAGCGUAUGUCCAGCACGAAUUGGACGGAGUGGAAAACGCAAACAAGAUGGUCUACUACCCGGACCAGAUGUUACCAGAAAAUAAAAUGAACAAAAAUGUUCUCUAUUUUGAUACGGACCCAAAUGAUCUCCCCGCAAUGACAGAAGACACUGAGCUGGAGCCGCCCAAGGAGAAGCAAUUUUUUAGCAGUUCCUCGCAUUACUCAGAGUUUAUAAGUAAAAAAAUGAGGAAGAAAACGCCGUGUCCCUCAAAUGAUGCUAAUGCUGAUAACGGGGACACCAUCUGGGACUUAGUGCAAAAGAAAGGAACGAAGAAGUUAAAGAUAAACUCCGUCAACCAGGUAGAAGCCCAAUCAGAGAAUGUACGAAUGGAGGAGUUAAUGUACACAAAUAAGAAUGACUUCAGUUUUAUGGGGAACAAUAACGAAUGGAACAGCGGACAAGUAGGUGUCAGUACCCAUGGUACCAGUAAGGAAGAGGCUGACGACAUUGUUAAUAGCAUUUUUAGAAGUCUCGAAAUGGAGGAAAAGGUUUCACACCCCAAGGGAGGAGCAGCAGUGUCCACGAGUGCAGAUAAUGUGAUAGGCGUCGAGGAGAUACUCUUAAACGAUGCAGAUCACAACUACGCAGAGGAUGCACUCAGCUGGGAAAACGAACCCCCCCUGCAACAAAAUAACGCAGACGACAUUAUCAAUCUGCUGGACGGCCCAGCGCACAGUUUUGCCAACAAAUUAAACAUCACAGAAAGUGGAGAGGUGAUCUACGAAGAUAAAAAAAAAUACAAUUCGAAUAUCAUUAUGAGUGCAAAUUCCAUUCAGAGUAACCGUAUGAACAUGUUCAUGUCGAAAAAAGGGAAAUUUAGUGCAAACUUGAAUAAGAGCCAAGUAGAGACCUACAACAAUGCCUAUAAAAAGACGGCGCUAUUUAAAUGGACGGAAGAAGAGACGGAUAAGUUUUAUCAAGCAAUUGAAAUGUUCGGCGUGGACUUAAUGAUGGUUCGUGCCUUCUUACCCAAAUUUUCGGACAAGCAAAUUAGGGACAAGUAUAAAAAGGAGAGAAGGAAUAACCCCUUGAAGAUUGAGGAGGCCAUAAAGAAGAACAAGGAAAUCGAUUUGGAUGCCUACGAGAAUGAGAAUGGGAGGAUUGAGACAUCUGGGGAUCUCAAUAGCGACGCAUCUUCGUUCAUCGCUGACGAUGAUAACGGCGUGAAGAGGAAAGGCAGCGUCGCGAGCGAAACGGAUGGAAACGUCCUCAGCAUCUUUGAAGGAAAGGAAGAUGUGGACUACAACAUGAAUCAGUACUACGAUAAUCACGAGGACCCCGAUUUUAACGUUUUGUCUUUGUUCUAA